AUGUAUGACAACGAGGAACCAGUCAAUGAUACUCAGCUUGACAGCAACAAUUCCCCAUCAACAAGUUCAACUUACCAGGCUACUGAUCAAUCACCUCCACAACAGAAAGACAAGCCAGAUUCAGAGCCUGGAACAUCCGAUGCCGUAUUGCCACCAGACAAGCCAGAUUCAGAGCCUGGAACAUCCGAUGCCGUAUUGCCACCAGACAAGCCAGAUUCAGAGCCUGGAACAUCCGAUGUAGUAUUGCCACCAGACAAGCCAGAUUCAGAGCCUGGAACAUCCGAUGCAGUAUUGCCACCAGACAAGCCAGAUUCAGAGCCUGGAACAUCCGAUGCCGUAUUGCCACCAGACAAGCCAGAUUCAGAGCCUUGA